UUGACAUCUGUUUUGUGUCCUAGGGGUUUCCCCCUCCGAGUGUUUAUUCCUCCAGGCGCCAAUGGGGUGUCAGCUGGUUACAUGUAUACAAUCCAGUAUGUCUAUCAAGGCUGCUACGUUCCGAAUCCAGGCGGAAACUUCGAAUUUGGACUUUAUGUUUCUAAGAAUAUUCCCACGACAUCAGUAGACGACUGUGCAAGCUUCUCUGCCAGUCAACCUACUGGUAAUACUCUUUACUUUGCGCUUGAUACAGAUUCCAAUGGAGACUCGGUCUGCACAUGCAGCAAUGUAAUCACAUCUAAUGACUAUAAGCAUGUAAGAGUAUAUUUUUUGUACAACUCUCCAGGUAGACUAUCUAGAACACCUGGUGAUAGGAUUUACUGUGGUGGGAACUUCGUUGACGACCCACUGGGCUCUGUGUUUGCGGCAAUUUGAUCUUAUAUUUCACAGCUUUUCAUACAUUAUCUAGUUUCUCCUGUGACAUAUCGAUAUAUCAUUAAUGUAUACAACUAAUUUCGGCAGCACAUUAGGAGGCCGCCUUAAUAGUAUACGGCGC